AACAGUGCAGAUGUGUCGCAGAUUUGAGAAGUCACUGUACGUACGGAGAGAUCGAGUGGAAUGGAGAAAUUAAUCUGGAACUAAAUCGAAAACAAACCUCACUUUCUAGAGGGAGGGUUGGGGGAGGAUAAUACAAUUUUUAAACACGACUUCUAGAUAUUUGUCAUAGCCUAUACAGUUACUUUGUAGCGACAGAGCUGAACUAACAGCGGUUAUUCUCAUCUCUACUAGAUCAGUUUAUUUCAAAGAGUAAGCAGAACGUUCUAUAUUGGACCAAUGGAGCUGUCAGCGAUUGGUGAACAAGUGUUUGCUGUGGAAUCAAUAAUCAAGAAAAGAGUUAGAAGGGGGAACGUGGAAUAUCUAUUGAAGUGGAAGGGAUGGCCCCCCAAAUACAGUACAUGGGAACCAGAGGAGCACAUCUUGGACCAGCGUCUGGUGCAGGCCUAUGAGGAAAAAGACCAAAAGGACAGAGCUCUAGUGUACCGGAAGAGAGGACCCAAAGCUAAAAGGCUUCUACUACAGAACACUAUUUACACCAUGGAUCUCCGUAGUGCCCACAAGGCCCCAGAGAAGCCUCCAGCUCGCCUACGUCUCUCCCUGACUCGCUCACUGGACUCUGAGGCAGAGGAUCCAACCUACGGGGCCUGUAGACGGAGCCUGCACCCCCACCUGGACCACCACAAAAACAAACCCAGGAGGUCACAGUUCGUGCACCUGGCCUCUCCCCCUGGUCCCCCUACCCCCACACAGGACCCCACACAUGAGGACUGGGGAAGGAGGGAAGAGGAAGAUGAGGAGGAGGAAGCUCGACAGGAUGAGUCAGAGCGAGAGACAGAGAUCUCCAGCGGCAUUCUGAAUGGGCAGAGUAGGGCAGAGGACUGGAGAUCCGUGAUUGGCUCAGAGGAAGUGACCGUGUCAGAGAGGUCGGACGUUUGGAACCCAGUGAUUGGCCCAGGGGAGGUGACCGUGACUGACGUCACCAUAAACUCUCUCACAGUGACUUUCAGAGAGGCCCUGGCAGCCAAAGGCUUCUUCAGAGGCUGGGGCUUAGAGUUCUAGAGAGUUCUAGAGGUUCUUGAGUUUUAUCGUCACAAUGUCGGGAAUGCGUGAACUCUUUCUCCUCAUACGUUUACCCUUCUUCCCUUUCUGGCCUUGUGAGUGACCUCUGUCCACACUAACUUCCUAUUCUGUUCAAUAGGCAGACUGUAGUGUACAGUAUACACCGACUACAUUGAGAUGGGCAUACACUCCUACAUCGAGCCGGCUAUACACUGUAUAUCAUAGCCUUCUAUACAAGAAAGGGUUUUGUGCACUGCAUAUGGACUGUUAUUAUUAUAUGUGGCUUAGAGUAUUGUAAUGAUUUAGAAAUCCUCUACAAAAUGACUUAAUCAGCCUGCAUACUUUUCUCCUCUCCUCUAUGGGUAGAUAGUGAUAAUCAAGACAAGUUGGAUCCCACUAACACCCUGCGCAACACAUGCAGUGUACACUGUCCUUAAAAGUGGAACCAAAACCUUUCUUAUUUAUUUUUUUACAAAAAACUGACUUGGGAACAGUCUGUUCUGAAUUGCACUGUAUUCACAUCAUUUAUGUGGUCAUCUUUGUGGAAUCUACCAUUGGUCAGUGGCUGUUUAUCCCACUCCAAGCCGAGGCUGAUGGUGUCUUGUGAGUAUGACUCGGUAAAAUGAUCUCCCUCUGCGAUCACAAUGCAGCAAGGGAUUAUGGGACUGCCUGAAGUUACUCUUUCUGGAGAUAUUUUGGGGCUUGUAAACGUGCGUCUGCACGCGCACUCACAACAAAGCAACACUGACUGCCCUCUUUUUGGAUGUUUAUUAAGCUAUCCUUUGAGCUUGAAGUAAGAGGAAAUAGACUGAAGGGUAUUGUCUUUUUAGUCCUUAUUUUUUCUAUAUAUCGAUCUGACUGAAUGUAAUUCAAUGUAUUUAUUAUUUGAAGGAGAACUUGUGUAUUAGUAAAUACUGAACAGAUUUUUUUGGUAACACUUUACUUGACACCCAGCGUCAUAACCCAUUGACAUGUUCAUAACCAUGUCAUAACAGCUGACAACUUGUCAUAACAUACAUUGUUAUUUUAUGGCUGGUUAUGACACCUACACUACCGGUCAAAAGUUUUAGAACACCUACUCAUUCAAGGGUUUUUAUUUAUUUUUAAUUCUACAUUGUAGGAUAAUAGUGAAGACAUCAAACCUAUGAAAUAACACAUGGAAUCAUGUAGUAACCAAAAAAAGUGUUAAACAAAUCAAAAUAUAUUUGAGAUUCUUCAAAUAGUUACCCUUUUGCCUUGAUGACAGCUUUGCACACUCUUGGCAUUCUCUCAACCAGCUUCACAUGGAAUUAUUUUCCAACAGUCUUGAAGGAGUUCACACAUAUGCUGAGCACUUGUUGGCUGCUUUUCCUUUACUCUACGGUCUGACUCAUCCCAAACCAUCUCAAUUUGGUUGAGGUCGGAUGAUUGUGGAGGGCAGGUCAUCUGAUGCAGCACUCAAUCACUUUCCUACUUGGUCUAACAGCCCUUACACAGCCUGGAGGUUUGUUGGGUCAUUGUCCUGUUGAAAAACAAAUUAUAGUCCCACUAAGCCCAAACCAGAUGGGAUGGCGAAUUGCUGCAGAAUGCUGUGGUAGCCAUGCUGGUUAAGUGUGCCUUGAAUUCUAAAUAAAUCAGUGUCACCAGGAAAGCACCCCCACACCACCUCCUCCAUGCUUUACGGUGGGAAAUAAACAUGCAGAGAUCAUCCGUUCACGCACACCGCGUCUCACAAAGACACAGCGGUUGGGACCAAAUAUCUCAAAUUUGGACUCCAGACCAAAGGACACAUUUCUAUCGGUCUAAUGUUCAUUGCUCGUGUUUCUUGGCCCAAGCAAGUCUCUUCUUAUUAUUGGUGCCCUUUACUAGUGGUUUCUUUGUAGCAAUUCAACCAUGAAGGCCUGAUUCACAGUCUCCUCUGAACAGUUGAUGUUGAGAAGUGUCCAUUACUUGAACUCUGUAAAGCAUUUAUUUGUGCUGCAAUUUCUGAGGCUGGUAACUCAAAUGAACUUAUCCUCUGUAGAAGAGGUAACUCUGGGUCUUCCAUUCCUGUGGCGGUCCUCAUGAGAGACAGUUUCAUCAUAGCGCUUGGGUUUUAUGACUGCACUUGAAAAUGUCAAAGUUCUUGAAAUUUUCCAUAUUGACUUGACCUUCAUGUCUUAAAGUAAAGAUUAACUGUAAUUUCUCUUUGCUUAUUUGAGCUGUUCUUGCCAUAAUAUGGACUUGGUUUUUUACCGAAUAAGAUUGUUUUCUGUAUACCCCCCUACCUUGUCACAAACACAACUGAUUGGCUCAAACUCAUGAAGAAAUUCCACUUUUAACAAGGUACCCCUGUUAAUUGAAAUGCAUUCCACUGGCCUACCUCAUGAAACUGGUUGAGAGAGUGCCAAGCUGUCAUCAAUGCAAAGGGUGGCUAUUUGAAGAAUCUCAAAUAUAACAUCUUUUGAUUUGUUCAACACCUUUUUGGUUACUACAUGAUUCUGUGUUAUUUCAUAGUUUGUCUUCACUACUAUUUUACAAUGUAGAAAAUAGUAAAAAUUAAGAAAAACCCUUGAGUUAGGUGUUCUAAAACCUUUGACCGGUAGUGUACAUAAGUGUCAAAACCCACCACACAAGGUAAAACAUUCCAUUACACCAUGGCCUGCCUGUCAACAGUGUAUAUAUUUUUUUACAUUUACCAUAUUCAAUGCUCAUUGUAAUUGCGCACACAUUGAUGUCAGACAUGCACCUAUCCCAAUGUGCUGUUGCUGAUGAUUAGGAUAAAUGCAGGAGCAGGACAAGACACCCUCUUUUUGACUGAUGACUGACAUAACAGCAUGUACGUGAUGGGCUUAUAUAAUUAGGAUGGUCAUAAUGCUUCAUGACAUUGUCAGAGUGUUUUCUACAAGUUAUUUAAAAUGACAUAAUGUAUUACAACAAAGGAUAAACUUUCAAGAGAAAGGAAACUUGUUGGCAGGGGAAAAAAUGAUUACAAUAAAAUGUUGGUUUUGAUUUGUGGGUCUCAUAACCAGCCAUAAAAUAACACAAUAUGUCACAACAGGUAUAAAUAUUGGUCAUUAGUGUUACAUAGUUAUGACACUGGGUGUCAAGUGUUACCUAUUUUUCUUCAGAUUAAACUAUGCGCUAAUGCGGUAGCCAUGACAAGACUCGUUUGAUAUUGCCAAAUGUGGUUAGUUGCUUAAAUAUUCACUGCUGAGCAAAGACAUUUUGCACUUUAUGGUUUGUCUAAUCAAAAACCAUUGUCUAUAACUUGUCAAUGUCUGAGAUUAUUUAUAUUGUACUAAAAAUAAAUGGAUGUUGAGCUUUAA